AUGAUGAAGAUUGUUAUUUAAUUUUAUUUAUAUUUCAAGUCUUAAUGCCUAUUGAAAGUAAGGAAUGUAUUGGGAAAUUGUACAUAUUAAAGAAAAUUUCAAAGCUUUGUUUAAAGUUAUCUUACAAUUAUAUUGAUUAUUUUAUGUUAUUCAACGUACGAGAUUGAAUACUUGCAAAACAUAAAAAUAGAACAAUCAGGUAUUUUGCUGAAGGAAAUAUUAAAAUGUGAAUUUGGAGUAGAUGACAACCUUAUUACUAUUUAGAAAUUGUUUGGAUUCUAAAAGUUAAAGUUGGGGAUUGCUAACAAUUUUAGAAGUCUUUUUCAGGGAAAAUUACUAUUUUAUGUGAUAAACUACUAAUUCAAGCUUACAUACAACAUCAUUCUAAAACCUGAUAAUAUAAUUGAGAUGUAAAGCUUAAAAUCAUGUAAUUCAAAUAAAUGUAAUUAUUUAGAACAAAUUAGAAAUCUUCUUGAAACAAUUCAUUUUUAAUGAG